AAAGGUCUUUCAUUUCAUUUGUAAAGCAUCUGCUUUGAAUAAUACAAGUAUGAAUUGAUUGUAAAGAAUUUGUAAUAAUGGUAGUGAAAGUUUGAAGGUAUCGCCGCACAAUGUUUCUCUCCCAUUUUUUCGCCAUCAAUUUACUCUCCCGUUUUUCGCCUCUCGUUUUACUCUCCCUUUCGUUUUUUCGCCAUCAGUUUACUCUCCCAUUUUGUUCUAUUGUUUUUUUUUUUUUAUCAUCAACUGUUACUCUCCCCUCUUUGUCUUCUAUUUCUUUUUUUUUAUCACUCACAUUUUCUCAUCCAAUCUUUUUUCUCUUUGUCUUUUGUUCUUUUCUCUUUAGUUCUUGUAUCUUUGUUCUUUUCUCUUUUUUUCUUUCAUCUUUUUGUUCAUUUUUUUUUCUUUCUCUUCUUCUCUUAAAUCAUUAUUUAUCUAGCUACAUUCUAUACUAAGUUUUCUACUCUAAUUACAAUUCUCGUCUUCAUUUUUUCUCUCCCGUUUUGAAAAGAGCCAAGCCUUGUAUCUAUUGUCUAAAGACGGUAUUAGUAGCUGAUCAUCAACACUAU